AUGUCGUUUUUUGGAGUAGGGAACCCAUUUGCUACGCCGGUUGGUCAGAAGAUAGAGCAAGCUACCGAUGGAUCUUUACCAUCAGAGAAUUGGGCCCUUAAUAUGGAGAUAUGUGACAUAAUAAAUAGUAGCACUGAUGGACCAAAGGAUGCAAUCAAGGCCAUAAGAAAGAGAUUGACUCAGAGUGCAGGGAAAAACUACACCGUGGUCAUGUAUACACUAACUGUAUUGGAAACCUGUGUUAAAAAUUGCAGCAAAACAUUUCAUGUUCUAGUAUGCAAUAAGGAGUUUAUAUCGGAGUUGGUGAAACUCAUUGGACCCAAAAAUGACCCACCAACUGUUGUACAAGAAAAAGUUCUGAGUCUAAUUCAAUGUUGGGCAGAUGCUUUCCAAAACCAACCUGAAUUACAGGGCGUUGGUCAAGUGUAUAAUGAAUUACGCAACAAAGGUGUCGAGUUUCCAAUGACUGAUCUAGAUGCUAUGGCGCCAAUUUUCACACCGCAGAGAAGCGUUAUGGACGGCGGGGAAGCGGUAGUUGGUUCACCACAACGUUCCAUUCAACAGAAUUCUCCAAGUCGACCUUCUCAGGAACAAGCCAUUGGAACCAUUCUGUCAGACAGCCAGAGCAGUAAGCUGCGCGCGGAUCUGUCAGUGGUUGAAGGCAACAUGACUGUAAUGAACGACAUGCUGACAGAACUCACCAGCCUUCCUUACACGCAGCAUCACGAACAAGACAUCGAACUACUUAAUGAGCUAGCAGAUACUCUGAAGGCGAUGCAGACUCGUGUCGCUGAGCUAGUAGGUCGUUUAGGGGAAUCCCCGUUGACAGCCGACCUACUAUUGACCAAUGACCGUCUCCACAACCUACUACUGAGACACUCCAGGUUCAUCAAUAACAGAAUUGCCGCUACUGGUGGGGCGACGCCAUCCGCCAUCUUGGGAGCCGCCAUGGGUGUGCCGGGAACUACUUCACCUGAGAAAAAGGAUGACGACGCCUUAAUUGAUCUCAGUGAUGACGUACCCGAUGUUGCUAAACUAUCCGUUAAAGACGAUCCGAUUGAUAAAUCUCCAAGCAGUUCUAAGGAUGAGUUUGAUAUGUUCGCUCAGUCUAGGAACGUUACCUAUGAGACCACUAAAACAGGUGGUAGCAGUUAUGCCGAUAAUGCAGAAGCUCCCACUGGAGGUCUUGGAACUGCUAUGAGGGCUCAUAAUACACUGCCGACGGGGAUGGAUCAAAGGGAAUUUGAUGAAAUAUCAGCUUGGUUAGCCCAAGAGAAGGCUGCUACAGAAGCUAACGGUCAGGAGAGUGUCACUAGCAGUGACUUCGACAAGUUUCUGGCUGAGAGGGCCGCUGCCGCUGACAGCCUGCCGAAUGCUGGUCAAGGUCAGGGUCAAGUUCAAGGUCAAGCGACGCCCCGCCACCGCCACAUCAAGAAGGACGAGGACUCGAUGUUCGCGCUAUGA